UAAUGGCGCUGCCCAUGACCGAUGGCAAAGUAAUUUGUUUACGAGGUAUAAAUAUCCAUUGAUUUGGCACUCAAGAACUUCCAUGACACCAUGUCAUCAAGAGGCAGAUCUAGUCGAAACAACGAAAGACAGCGGAAUCGAGGAAAUGGAUUUGAAGAAUGGGGUGGAUACCGGGAAGCUAAGAAACAGAAGCUUCAUGAACAAUUCCACACAGAAAACAAGGGAUCAACAAUUUUCAAGGGAGUGGCUGUGUACAUCAAUGGAUACACAAAACCCUCGUCUGAUGAGUUACGGAGGUUGCUCACACUGCACGGCGGCCGGUUUGAGCACUUUCUGUACAAGAAGCAAGUGACGCACAUUGUGGCGACGAACCUCCCCAACAGCAAGAUCCACAGCUUGAAGGGAAUGAAAGUCGUACGGCCCGAGUGGAUCACAGAGAGUGUUCAAGCACAAAGACUGCUGCCAUAUACCUCCUAUCUGUUAUAUGGAACAGCCACCAACCCCAUAACGGCUUUCGGAAAAACCGCCACACACACCGAAACUAGUUGUUCUGACAUAUCUGAUAACAUAGAAGUGAGCCAUUCUGAUGUGCCUGAUUUCAUGGAUGAUGCAACUUGGGCCCAUUCUCCACUUGGUUCCGACUCAGAUACCUCAUAUGAAUCAUUAAAGACAACUCUUGUUAAUGCCAGCAGUAUAGCCGAAAGUGAUAAAGAAACCAAUAAAAAAAUAACUGCUCUGCAUUCAAAUGAUCUUGACGAUAAAACUGAGUGUCACAAAAAUGAAAUGGGUGCCUCAGAUAUGGUGGAAAGUAAUAAAGAAAUGAAUUGGAAACCUGAAGAAAGUGGAAGAGUCGAUCACAAGAACAAAACCACCCGACCUACGGCUACUGCUAGCAAUCCGGGAUUUGUGUCAGAAUUUUACUCCCAUUCCAGACUGCACCACAUAUCUACCUCCGGAGCACAGUUUAAAGAAUAUGUGUCACAGCUGCAGAAACAAAGCGAUGGACAUUUUGCUGGACGGGAGGCACUUCGGGAAUACCACUUGAAGAAAAUGGAUCGCACCGGUUCAGUAGAUGACAUCAGGGGACCCGUGCAUGGCCGACCAAACAAAGUGAUCAUGCAUGUCGACAUGGAUUGUUUUUUUGUGUCGGUCGGAUUGCGCGACAGACCAGAACUGAUUGGUAAACCUGUAGCAGUGACUCACUCGAAGGGAAAGGGAGGAUCAAAUUCAGGUUCUGGUGGUGGGCACGUAGCAGAGACCACCCCCCAGCAAUCUGCCGACAACAAGUUUUCAUCCAUGGCUGAGAUCGCGUCGUGCAGCUAUGAAGCUAGAAAAGCCGGCGUGAAGAACGGUAUGUUCAUGGGUCCUGCUCUCAGGUUAUGUCCCGAAUUGGUUCCCAUUCCAUACGACUUCGACAAGUAUCAGCACGUCUCACAGACUCUCUACGAUACUGUUGCUAGCUACACUCAUGACAUUGAGGCGGUAAGCUGUGAUGAAAUGCUGAUCGACUGUACCGAUCUCCUUGCCGACACCGGUGCUAGUCCGCUAGAGUUCGCCACUCUCUUAAGAGAAGAUAUUAAAACGAAGACGGGUUGUAACGCUUCAGCUGGACUAGCUUCCAGCAUUUUGCUUGCAAGACUAUCCACACGGUCAGCCAAACCCAAUGGGCAGUUUUAUUUAGAGUCUCGUUAUGUCACAGACUUCAUGGCUAAGCAGUCGGUUAAAGAUUUACCAGGUGUGGGCUGGUCAAUAUCUCGAAAGUUGGCGUCAUUAAACAUAAAAACGUGUGGAGAUCUACAGAACACUCCAUUAGUGACUCUUCAGAAGGAAUUUGGGCCGAAAACGGGUCAGAAUUUUUACAAGUUUUGUCGAGGAGAAGAUUACAGGCAGAUCCAGAUGGACAAGGAAAGAAAGUCAGUGUCGGCUGAAAUUAAUUAUGGAAUACGAUUUCAAAAGGAUACUGAAGCAGUGAAGUUUCUUGAAGAGUUGUCUGAGGAAGUCUGUAACCGACUGAAGCAGCUGAAUAAGAAGGGUAAAACCAUCACACUGAAACUGAUGAUCCGCAGGGCAGACGCACCAAAAGAAACACCAAAAUAUCUAGGUCAUGGUAAAUGUACCAGUUUUUCUAAGUCGACCACGUUGCCUGUUUCCACUGACGAUGUGGUGACCAUCUCCAAACAGUGCAUCAACAUGAUGAACUCACAACGUAUAGACACGACAGAUAUUCGCGGGGUUGGGAUCCAGAUGCACAGACUUGAAUCUUGUUCCCUUGUUCCCACGUCCGGUGCCAGAGAUACUCAGAGUAUUCUAAGUUUCGCUGUCACUCAGAAGCCGAGUUCCGCCUCUGAUCCAUCUACGACAUGUGUCAAACCAUCAACAGUGCCAUCCAAUAGCAGAGAGGUAGCAGCAUCCAGUGUGAAAAUGACCGCUACAUCUAGUAGUGAACAGUCCAUAAAUGAAAGAGAAAAACAAAAUCUUGAUCCACUGGAAGACUUGACAGAUGAUGAUCUAGAUGACGGUAUCCGUAGUAACAAUCUUAUGGAUGCCGUCGAAUCAGAGUUUACCUCAUUUCUCUGUACAACCAGAACUAUAUUGGAAGAAUUGUCACGAAGAAAAAAUGCCAAACUUGUAGCUCCACCUCUUCCAACUUUACCAGACAUGUUUAUCUCCCCUGAAUCACGAAGGUCAGAGAGAGGUCAAACUAAAGACUAUUUCCCAUCACCGUCACAGAUUGACCCAGAAGUUCUGAAAGAGCUUCCCCCAGACAUACGCUUACAAGUUGAGAAGGAUAUGAACAUUCGGCGAUGUCAGAAAGAUUCUGUCGGCGAGGGUGAAACCAGAGGAAACAGUCAGGAACCAGGCUGUUCUCAUUGGUCAGGCAGAGCUAAGGAGAUGACCAAUCAGAAGACAGCAUUGCCUGAUAGUCCACAGCCAUCUUUGAAUGGGGACAAAGAUUCUAGAAAUACAGAUUUUGAGCCUUUACCUUCACCUUCACAGCUGGACAUAUCCUGUUUGAAUGCGUUGCCCGAGUACCUCCAGAAAGAAAUACGUCAGGGUUACGCACAACAGAAUAAAACAAUCGCUGAACCGUCGAGUCCUCGUAAAGGGAACAUGUUACAGCUACGACAGGCUACAUCGCCGUCAAAGAGAAAACCAUCCCCGACCAAGAAAAGAUCACCAGUUAAGACUGCCUCGCCAAACAAGAGAAGGAAGAGAAAUAGUCCGAUAUUUAAAGUACCUCAGAAUCAACCUGGACGGAAGACAAAACUUAGUGCCAAGAAACUGGAGUUUACAAAGAAACCAGCAGUAGUUCAGGCAAUAAGCGUCCCAAUUUCCCCCCAAAUGUUCAUGACGUUUGGCCAAAUAGCCUUCGAAAUAUAUACAAUCAAAGAGUUUUCUGGAAUCAUUGUUACAAUUAAAAUAGGUAUCCUGCCACAAGAUAAAAAAGACAGAAAUGGAAGAUUACAGAAGAAGAUGACAUUGGAAGUCUGCUCCAUCAAAUUCACCACCAGACCCAGCUCACAGGAGAUCAAGCCGCGUAAAUGUGACCAGUUGGAGAGCUCCGUUAAAACGGGCUGUGUGGAGGUCUGUGAGCGUCCACCAAGUGAGAAACUUGUGGAGAAUGGUGAGUCUUCACCAGUGCCACAAGAGGAAGAUCUAAGCGUGAUGACUUCGUACCUGGGUCAGCUUAUUGAAGACAGAAACCUUGAAAUGGUCGACUUGGUUCUCAAAUACUUACACAGAAAAAUAAAUAAACUUGCAAACAAGCUUUGGAGGAUAUCCUUUAACAAGAUAGUAAGCAACACCCAAGACAUUGUCAUUGCUUGUUAUGGAAGCUGUCUGAAAACUGACUGGUUGAUGAGACGGUGAACACUGUCUGAAAACUGAAAACUGACUGGUUGAUGAGACGGUGAACACUGUCUGAAAACUGACUGAUUGAUGAGACGGUGAACACUAAAAAACUGGCUUGUUGAUGGAACAGUGAACAUUGAAAACUGACUGGUUGAUGAGACGGUGAACAUUGUCUGAAAACUAACUGCUUGAUGAGACGGUGAACAUUGUCUGAAAACUGACUGGUUGAUGAGACGGUGAACACUGUCUGAAAACUGACUGGUUGAUGAGACAGUGAACACUGACUGGUUGAUGAGACAGUGAACACUAAAAACUGGCUUAUUGAUGGAACAAUGAACAUUGAAAACUGACUGGUUGACUGAACAGUGAACACUGAAAACUGACUGGUUAAUGAAACAAUAAACACUGAAAACUGACUGGUUGACAGAACAGUGAAUACUGAAAACUGACUGGUUAAUGGAACAGUGAACACUAAAAACUGACUGGUUGUUGGAACAGUGAACACUGAAAAAACUGACUGGUUGACGGAACAGUGAACACUGAAAACUGACUGGUUGACGGAACAGUGAAAACUGACUAGAUGAAGAGACAGUGAACAGUGAAAACUGACUAGAUGAAGAGACAGUGAACAUUGAAAACUGACUGGUUGACGGAACAGUGAACACUGAAAACUGACUGGUUGACAGAACAGUGAACACUGAAAACAGACUGGUUGAUGGAACAAUGAACACCGAAAACUGACUGGUUGACGGAACAGUGAACACCGAAAACUGACUGGUUGAAGGAACAGUGAACACUGAAAACUGACUGGUUGACGGAACAGUGAACACUGAAAACUGACUGGUUGACGGAACAGUGAACACUGAAAACUGACUGGAUUAAGAUACAGUGAACACUGAAAACUGACUGGUUGAUGGAACAGUGAACACUGAAAACUGAUUGGUUGAUGGAACAGUGAACACUGAAAACUGACUAGAUUAAGAGACAGUGAACACUGAAAACUGACUGGUUGAUGGAACAGUGAGCACUGAAAAAUGACUGGUUGAUGGAACACUGAAAACUGAUUGGUUGACGGAACAGUGAACACUGAAAACUGACUAGAUUAAGAGACAGUGAACACUGAAAACUGACUGGUUGACGGAACAGUGAACACUGAAAACUGACUGGUUGACAGAACAGUGAACACUGAAAACUGACUAGAUUAAGAGACAGUGAACACUGAAAACUG